GAGAUGUUUCUGCAAAUGGUCACCCCUGUACCUGUCGCUGAAUGGAGGGGUUUGAUGGGCUGUGAAGGUGGACUAAGCAGAUAUGUUCUGCCCGUGACCAUCAAGACCCAGCUUCAGCUGCUGCAACACCACAAAUUUGUUGAAAUGUGCUUACAGGCCUGGGAGGCAAUUUGACUGGAAAUUGACUAUAUCCUCAUCAAGCACAUGGACUUGCCAUGCAAAGGAAAAUGUGAACUAUGACCACCCUCUGCCCCAGCAUCACCAGAAAAUCCUGCUUCUGUGCCUGCCUAACAACAUGAGACAUGGCCCCUUUAUUUGGUUCCCUGGCGAUUCAGAACAGCACCAUGAGCCCCUCACCUGUCCAUAGCAAAGGGACAUCGCACUGUGUUUAUCCAGCUGCCAGACCGGCUUCCUUACGCACCCUCAUUUCCGACCUUGUGCAGCAUGGCUCAGUGCAGGGAGAAGCCAGACCCCAGGGACAGGGAGAGGAGAAUUUUGUCAUCUUCCAAGGGAGAGCGGACUGCUGGGACUAACUUUUUCCUCAGAUAACUAGUGUCCACUUCCCCUUCCUGGACCUAACCCCCAAACCCCUGUCCUGUGCAGCUCCUCUUUGUAUGUGGAUAGUAAGAGUUCAGCAGAAAGCUGUGCUGAUGUGGUCAGCACAAUUCAUACCUACGGGUGAAAACGGGUGACACGGCCCUUUAUAGAUUGGGGAAGGACCAGGCAGAAAAGGAUUCAGUGCAUUGUGGGACUGGAGGACUAUUGAGACUCAAGACCUGGUACACUCCCUUUAUCCCCGUCCAUGCUGCCAGUUGGCAUGGGAACGGGGCCUGGCCACAGCUGGAGUCAUGACCACCGCACCCCUCAGGUGGCCUAGCUCCCUCACUCUCUGUUUGCCUGCGCACACUUGCUUCUGGGGGGACAAUGGCGGGUGAUUCCUCAACCACACGCCUAGACACGGAAUACAGCCACUAGUGUAGAUCUCGCCUUAGUUUGUCUGAAGUACCGUGAGAUUUCCUUUGGCCCAUCUGCAUUGCCUUCCUCUUGGCAGGUGUGACAUACUUCAUUGCCUCCAUUGUGACAGCUGAGACCUGUUGCAUUGCUCACACCUAGACAUGUAUGGCCAACGGUGUUGUCUUCUUCCCAAACACGAUCACCAGGGACAUUCCUUAUCACACCAGGUACAGCUGCUCUCCUCCUCCCUUCACAGGGGUGACCCCGUGCUUUGCUUACCCUCCAUUGGGGCAUUGCUUAUUUACCAAUGGACACUGCACUGCUCUUCUCGUUAGGUAAAACAUACUCUUCUUUUUAAACUUAGAUUGCCAGGUGUGUGUCAUUUCCUGUGCAGAGUUAAGUUGCAUCAUUUUGUAUGAAGGGACAUCACAUCUGUGCACCUGGGUCUGACAUCUCCUGGAUGUGGUGGCAUGUAUCAGGGAUUUUCAUUCUUAAUCAUGGAUUUAAUUCUGCAGCUACCCAGGCCUUCCAUAUGCAGGCACCAUGUCAGUGUGAGGGGCCAACAGCAGAACUGCCACCCAAACCCUUCCUGAUCUGGGGGGGGCUCAGAUAAAAUAGGACUCGGGUGUGACCCAGGGCUGGGUUUGGGUUUAGUUUUGCAAAAGGGACUAGAACCUGAUGAGAUUUUCCAAAGCAAAGUUAAAACGGCCCCUCCAUUUUGCUCACUCUUUGUACUACAACCCCACUGCACCACUCUUUGGGAAUGACACCUGUAUUUUACAUAGUAUAAUUGUUAUUCUAGACCCUGAUCCACGCCCCCUCUGAGAGGAUACAACUGGAAUAGAAAUGACUCAGACCUUGCCGAGGGAGAUUCAGGGCCAUGGACAUUGCUGGUCUGAUACUUUCAAACGUUGAAAGGCCGGGUUAGUGUAGAGUUUGAUGGAGAGGAGAGAGGAAGUUUUAAAAAUUAAUUCAACGGCAAUAAUUUUAAAUUCACUGUGUGAUCUGAGAACGUUCAGGGAGACAGAAUGUGAGAAAACCCUAGGGAAGUUGGCAGGGGAUGCUGGCAGGAAACUGACAUGUGGAACAAUGAAUCAGCAGAUAAAAAUACCAUUGAGCAGAGGAGAGUUCGUAAGGGACAGUGCGGAAACGGGACCUGGAGAGAGAGUGCAACAAUGGCUCUGGGGUUAUCUCAGUCAAUGAGCUGCAAGAACUAAGAGCACCGGCUGUUUUAGCAGCAGAUCUGACACCUCCUCAAUUAGGGCCCCUGACAGCGCUGCCAGGGAAAGGUUCUCGAAGGAACAUGAGAGCCCGGCUGGAAAGGCUCUCUCUGCUUUGGCCACUUCUCCUGUCUCCGUGGCUGGGAGCUGCAGAAAAUACUGCUGCUGUCAUUGUGGUGAAUCAGACACCCCCUUCUAUCCGUGCAAUGGAAGGAUCAGAGUUCACCAUCGAGUGUACAUUCAACUCAAGCAAUAACUCUAUCAAGUGGUUUGGUGAUUGGAGUAAAACCAGAAACAAUGUAACAGCAAAGGUGAACAGUGUAAUAGAUCGAACCAUGUUAUCAGCAGAUACAGAAAAGAGGUCUCUUUCCCUCACUGUGAAGAAAGCCGAUGUCAUGGAUUCUGGAACCUACGUAUGUGGGGUUGGGAGCAAAUAUGGGACAUCUCCUGGGACUGGAACCCAAGUGACCAUCGAUGAAAUUACCGACCUGAUGGUGAAUCAAACCCCAACCAGUGUCAGUGGUUUAGAAGGCACAGAACUUACCAUGAAUUGUACAUUCAAGACAGUCAAUAACCACAGCACCAUGUAUGUGCGAUGGUAUAACUAUGGGACUGAGGGACUAAAGAAAGAGCUGGUGAAUGACAAUGAUGUGAUCACAACCCUGCAUUUGGACAAUGGGUUUGCCUCUCUCACUUUGAAGAAUACGAAUUCAUCUAAUACAGGAACCUACGUGUGUGAGGUUGGGAUCACAGCAAGGAACCUCUCUGGGAAUGGACCAGGAACCCAAGUGACCAUUGAGAAUUUUCCCGAGCUGAUGGUGAAUCAGACCCCAGCCAAUAUCCCUGUGUCAGAAGGGUCAGACCUCACCAUGGAGUGUAGAUUCACGGUAUGGAAUAAACACAAGACCUUGUAUGUGAAAUGGUAUAAACAUAGCGGAACUGGGGGAACGAAGAAGGAGCUGAUGAGCGAAAGAGUCGGGGACCCAGCAGCCCUGGCUUUGGAAAAGGGUUUUGCUUCGUUCACUCUGAAGAACGUGAAUGUAACCGAUACAGGAACCUACGUGUGUGAGGUGGGGAGCACAGCGAGGAACUGGUCUGCGUCAGGAGCCGGAACCCAAGUGACCUCCAGUUCUAGGAGAUGGGAUAUCUCCAUUAAUUAACCAAUCAUUUAAUUAACCAAUCAUUAACCAUCACUCCUGUUGACCUGCUGGUGAAUCAGAGCCCUGCCUGUGUCAAGGAAGAGGAAGGAAAAAAGCUGACCAUAGAAUGUAGAUUCAGGGCCCUGGAGAAACCCAGCACCAAGUACUCUGUUAAAUGGUAUAAAAAUGGGA